AUGGAUGUUGGCGAGGGCGGGGGCCCAAAACCCCCGGCCCCAAAAAAACAUAAACUUAAAGACUUGGACGAUGGCGGCGGGGGUAAGGAAAGUGAUUUUUUACCCUAUCUAAAACCCGGAUACAAAAGACUUUAUCCAGAAAAUUCUUCAAAUUUGGAGUUCAAAGUUUACGUGCAGGGUGAAAAAAUUGGCAAUAAAAGUCCAACCUUUUUAAAUCAUAUAUUUGUAAAUGAGGUAAAAGGUGUAGUAGCGAUUCGUAGAAUCAAUGCUAACAAGAUUGCGGUGGUGUUCAAGCAGUAUAAUACUGCUAAUAAUUUUAUAAGUAACUCUUCAUUUCUGGAGAAGUACAACUUUAAGGCGUUCAUACCAGCGGCAGACAUAGAAAGAACAGGAAUUAUCCGAUACGUACCCACAAACUUAUCUAACAAGGAGCUUUACUCAAAGCUAGAGUCGGAGUAUGAAAUAAUUGCAGUCCGACGAUUCACCAAAAAGGUUGGACAAGAACGGGUACCACUUCAUACAGUGAGCAUUACCUUUCUGUCCAGUUCUUUACCACAAAAUGUACAAUAUGACUUAUUCUCUUACCGCAUUUUUGACUAUAUCCCUCCUCUACAACAAUGUUACCGUUGCUUCAAAUUUAACCACUCAGCCAAAAUAUGUAAUGGCAAACAAAAAUGUAGCAUUUGUGCUGGGGACCACUCAUAUAGAGAGUGUGAUAACCCCUCAGCAAUCUGCUGUGCUAAUUGCGGUGGACCACAUUUAGCAAUUUCAAAGGCAUGCGAAAUCAAGUUAAAAAAGAUAAUGGAAAAAAAGGAACGUAUUACUUACGCUAGUAAGGCUGAAACUAAACUUAAUGUGACUCAGGGAGAUUUCCCACCAUUGCGCAAACCAAGACCUCAGGUCAAUGUGGAAUAUAACGAUACCUUACCGCAACAGAUGUGCACAGCGUGCAUAAACUUCAUAAACGCAUCAUACAAAUUCAGAAAAAAAUGUGAAGAAACCUACCAAUCGUUACUAGCUAGACUCAACGACAAUCCAAUCUGCAGCGUAAAGUUAGAAACAGAUAUAUUCCCAUCAGACAACGAUAGCAAAAUAUCAAUAGACAUUACAGACUUAGUCAACGAUUACAAUAUCCAUGAUAACGGAAUCAACGAUUUCGCUACUUACGCUGAAAUUGAAAAACACGAAGACCAUUUGAUAUAUGAUUCUAAAGAACAAGAACUCGAUGAUAAAGAAAUAGAAAAUAAUUUUAAACGGAAAACGAGAAGUAAAAAGAGUGAUAAGCCCGUUAAACGGACUUUGAGACGGAAAAAGGAGGAUGGAGAGAAGAAGACAGGGCUCAAAGAAGAGAUUGAGUGUGAAUAUUGUCACAAAAUAUUGACUUCUAAACUAUCUUUACGCAAUCAUUAUAAAAUUCAUACAGGAUUUGACGUAGUUUGCGAACACUGUGGAAAGAAGUUCAUCACUCGUCGAUUACUUCUGAUGCACUGCAGAGCCAAGCACGGGUAUGAGAAGACAGAUAAAUGUUCCUUCUGUGAUUAUAGAGCUUCCAAUGCUGAACAAGUGAAGAUACACGAGCGUCUCCAUACGGGCGAGAAGCCGUUCGUGUGUGCUGAAUGCGGCGCUGGGUUCCACCGCAAGAGUAGCUACCUUCAGCAUAUCGCCAUACAUUUACCUGAAAAAAAUGUACAGUGCGAUCAAUGUCCAGCUCGUUUCAAAUCCGUUACGCUAAUGAGGAUACAUAAGAAUCGUCACAAGGCACCACAGUAUUCCUUCAAAUGCAGGAUAUGUCAGAACUCAUUCGUCAGACGCAGAAACGCGGUCAGACAUCUAUUAAGGAUACACGCAGUACAAGCUGGACCCCAACAUAUUGAUAGGUUGAAGAUUGGUUGA